UAACAUUUCACCCCACAUGAUCCACCGGUCAUAAACCCAGCGCAGACAGCACGAGAGCUUUCUCCCAGCACACCAACUCAAGCUAGCCUUGUUGACUAGUUAGCCUCGUCUGGUGGCCACACCGGCCUCGCCGCGUCCACACUGUAACACAGACUCAGAGGAGGACACAGUGAAUGGAGGGAUGCACACCUUCAACCAGACCCACAUGAGGAAGGCAUUCCAGCUGAUGAAUGAACUGAGGAGUAAAAAGAUGCUGUGCGACGUCCAGCUGGUGGCGGGGAGUGUUGAGGUGCCGGCUCACAGGGUGGUCCUGGCGUCCUGUAGCCCCUACUUCUGUGCCAUGUUCACAGGUGAUAUGAGUGAGAGCAAAGCCCAUCAGGUGGAGAUCAGAGAGGUGGACGGACAGACUCUGAGGAAGCUGGUGGACUACAUCUACACGGCUGAGAUAGAGGUCACAGAGGACAACGUCCAGGUUCUGCUGCCAGCAGCCAGCCUCCUCCAGCUGAUGGAUGUUCGUCAGGUUUGUUGCGAGUUCCUGCAGUCUCAACUUCACCCCUCCAACUGUCUGGGCAUCAGAGCCUUCGCUGACCUGCACACAUGCACGCAGCUCCUCAACCAGGCCCACGCAUACGCCGAGCAGCAUUUCUGCGAGGUGGUGCAGGGAGAGGAGUUUCUGAGCCUUUCUCUGCAGCAGGUGUGCAGCCUCAUCGCCAGCGACAAACUCACUGUUUCCACGGAGGAGAAGGUGUUUGAGGCGAUGAUAUCUUGGAUCAAGAAUGAUAAGCCAGCUCGUCUGGAGUACAUGCCCAAACUGAUGGAGCAUGUCAGACUUCCACUCCUGUCCAGGGAUUACCUGGUACAGAUCGUUGAGGAAGAGGCUUUGAUCAAGAACAACAACACCUGUAAAGAUUUCCUCAUAGAAGCGAUGAAGUAUCACCUGCUGCCAGCUGACCAGCGGCACCUCAUCAAGACAGACAGGACCCGACCACGAACUCCUAUCAGCAUCCCAAAGGUGAUGAUUGUGGUGGGCGGUCAAGCUCCGAAGGCGAUCCGCAGUGUGGAGUGUUACGACUUCCAGGAAGAUCGAUGGUACCAGGUAGCCGACCUGCCUUCAAGACGCUGCCGGGCAGGUGUGGUUUCCAUGGGAGGUCGUGUGUACGCAGUCGGGGGGUUCAACAGUUCACUGCGGGAACGAACGGUGGACGUGUAUGACGGAGUGAGAGACCAGUGGAGUGCGGUGGCGAGCAUGCAGGAGAGACGCAGCACUCUGGGAGCUGCUGUGUUGGGGGAUUUACUGUACGCUGUCGGGGGCUUCAACGGCAGCAUAGGUUUGUCCACAGUAGAAGCCCACAAUUAUAAAACCAACGAGUGGAUAUAUGUCGCCUCCAUGAACACCAGGCGCAGCAGUGUGGGUGUAGGGGUGGUCGAUGGUGUGUGUGCAUCUGUAGGUAAGCUCUAUGCAGUGGGAGGAUACGAUGGAGCAUCUCGUCAGUGUCUCAGUACAGUGGAAGAGUACGACCCUGUCAGCGAUCAGUGGUGCUACGUAGCUGACAUGAGCACACGCCGCAGUGGAGCAGGGGUGGGUGUGUUGAACGGUCUGCUGUACGCAGCAGGAGGACAUGACGGUCCUCUCGUGAGGAAGAGCGUUGAGGUGUACGACCCACAGAGCAACACGUGGCGACUGGUUUCUGACAUGAACAUGUGCCGACGAAACGCAGGCGUCUGUGCCAUCAACGGGCUGUUGUACGUGAUCGGAGGAGACGACGGCUCCUGUAACCUCUCCUCUGUAGAGUUUUACAACCCGGCCACAGACAAGUGGAGCCUCAUCCCCACAAACAUGAGCAACGGACGCAGCUACGCAGGAGUCGCAGUGAUUGACAAGCCGUUAUGACCAGAGGCCUCCCACAGCAUCAGCUCGGUGUCAUCAGCCAGUUCCACAGAGACUCACACUGACGUCUGAAUCGGUCCAAAUGGACGGGACGCCCUCAAUCCUCAGCUGACUUAAUCAAGGAGGAAGAGGAGGAGGACCUUUUUUGGCGCUAAACCACAAACUAAUUUUGUUGCUUUGCCCAUUUCUGUCACUGAGAUCCUGUCUUUUAAAGGACACUGUUGCACUGGAUACGAAACAGUAGCCACAGGAGAGUCUGAGGCUACUGAGAACUUUGUCUUGGUGAGUUUUACAAAUGCCAAGCACAUAAAGAGAGGCUGUAUCAGCUGAUGUAAGACUCAGACGCUGAUGUCGGAGGGACUUUGAUGAGCCAAACGCAGCAACGUUUAGAUGCUCAGUGGGUCAUGGCGGCGUUCAUGUGAUGGACCAAAUCAAACAUGGAAAACUGAAUACUUUAAAUCACUGGCUUGCUGUUUUCUGGCCGACGUCAGUGUUAACAGUGUUGCUGCAGUUAUGAGGACUUUGCAAUAUUGGCUUGUGAUUGGCUGUUGCAGGAGCAUUAUCCAAUUUCCUGGAAACCUGGGCAUGCUGUAGGAGAUUUUUUUUAAAUCAUGAAACAUUUGCCAGAGUUCCUUGAAUACAAAUCAGCUUACGGCAACUAUUUUUGAGACCGAAGUCGUUGGAUUCCUGCGCCAACUGUUGAGUGGUUAGCAAAAAGCCGCCAGCUGCCAGAGUGUGUUUGCUCUGAACGUGGACGCCUGGACCUACAGAAGUGCGAGACAAUUCAAAGAAUGUAGAAAACAUCUUAUAUGCAAAUCAUAUUUAAUAUUUUUGAGAUUGUUUUUAAAGAGGUGGAGAACCACUUGCUGUGGCUUUAGACCAGUUGAUCUGAUUGGACGCAGCAGGACUUGAGUCUGUUGUCGACACACUACUGAUGCACUGAUCGCUUGCACUGACUGAUACAGAGCGGCAGGCUGUCUGUCUGACUCACCGAUGCAGCGGGGCCGGACGUCUG